GCCCGCGUCCCGCUCUGGCAACGCCUCCCCGCGUCUCCCCUGCUACACCCUCAGCCGCCCCUUCCUUCUCUACUUCUUUUCUCCCGCCGCCUCUUCUUGGCUCCCGCGGCGCCGGCGCCUUCCCCUGGCCCAGGCGGGGCGCCUCGGCUCCCUGCAGAGCUCUCCGUAGAGUCUGGGGGUACAUUUCGUUCUAGCGGAGAACCAGCUCCGAGCUGGGCCAGAGGUGACAAGGGAGCUUCUGCCCCGAGGACCGGGGAAUGCGAAGGGACUCCAUCCUGCUGUCUCUUUCUCAGUCAUUUUGAAUCUGGCCUAAUUGAAGACUGAGGUUAUGAAGUCGAUCCUAGAUGGCCUUGCAGACACCACCUUCCGAACCAUCACCACAGACCUUCUCUACGUGGGCUCAAAUGACAUCCAGUACGAAGACAUUAAAGGCGACAUGGCAUCCAAAUUAGGGUACUUUCCACAGAAAUUUCCCUUAACUUCCUAUAGGGGCAGUCCCUUCCAAGAAAAGAUGACUGCAGGAGACAAUGCCCAGUUGGUCCCAGCAGACCCAGGAAACCUUACAGAAUUCUACAACAAAUCUCUGUCAUCCUACAAAGAGAACGAUGAGAACAUCCAGUGUGGGGAGAACUUCAUGGAUAUGGAGUGCUUCAUGAUCCUGAACCCCAGCCAGCAACUGGCCAUCGCUGUGCUUUCACUCACGCUGGGCACUUUCACAGUUCUGGAGAACCUGCUGGUCCUCUGCGUCAUACUCCACUCCCGCAGCCUCCGAUGCAGGCCUUCCUACCACUUCAUCGGCAGCCUGGCAGUGGCAGAUCUCCUAGGGAGUGUCAUUUUUGUCUAUAGCUUCAUUGACUUCCAUGUGUUCCACCGCAAAGAUAGCCCCAACGUGUUUCUCUUCAAACUGGGUGGGGUCACAGCCUCUUUCACUGCCUCUGUGGGCAGCCUGUUCCUCACGGCCAUCGACAGGUACAUAUCUAUUCACAGGCCCCUGGCCUACAAGAGGAUCGUUACUAGGCCCAAGGCUGUGGUGGCCUUUUGCUUGAUGUGGACCAUAGCUAUUGUAAUUGCUGUGCUGCCUCUCCUGGGCUGGAACUGCAAGAAAUUGCAGUCCGUUUGCUCAGAUAUUUUCCCUCUCAUUGAUGAAACCUACCUGAUGUUCUGGAUUGGGGUCACCAGUGUGCUGCUGCUGUUCAUCGUGUAUGCAUAUAUGUACAUUCUCUGGAAGGCUCACAGCCAUGCAGUCCGCAUGAUUCAGCGCGGAACCCAGAAGAGCAUCAUCAUCCACACAUCAGAGGAUGGAAAGGUACAGGUGACCCGGCCGGACCAAGCCCGCAUGGACAUUAGGUUGGCCAAGACCCUGGUCCUGAUUCUGGUGGUCCUGAUCAUCUGCUGGGGCCCUCUCCUUGCAAUCAUGGUAUAUGAUGUCUUUGGGAAGAUGAACAAGCUCAUUAAGACGGUGUUUGCCUUCUGCAGUAUGCUCUGCCUGCUGAACUCCACCGUGAACCCCAUCAUCUAUGCUCUGAGGAGCAAGGACCUGAGACAUGCUUUCCGGAGCAUGUUUCCCUCUUGUGAAGGCACUGCACAGCCUCUGGAUAACAGCAUGGGGGACUCGGACUGCCUGCACAAGCACGCAAACAACACAGCCAGUGUUCACAGGGCCGCAGAAAGCUGCAUCAAGAGCACAGUCAAGAUUGCCAAGGUGACCAUGUCUGUAUCCACAGACACGUCUGCCGAGGCUCUGUGAGCCUGAUGCCUGCCUGGCAGCGCAGGAAAAUAAUUUUUUUUUUUAAGCUCGAAAUCUAGAAGAGUCUGUCGUCUCAUCGGUUAUAUUUUUUUAAGUUUACCAUACUCCGUGAAAAGGUGAUUGUCACCAUGCUCAUUUAUUAGUUCACUGACAUUUCAAUAGUUUAGGUACUCAAACUCCAUUCUCCAGGGGUUUACAGUGAAGAAAGCUUGUUGCUUAAGUGACUGAAUAGUUCUUCAGAGUCUCAGUGAAAUAGGAGGGAAACCUUUGGCUACACAAUUUGAAGUCCAAGUACCCAUAGAAAAAUGCCAUCAAAUGAGUAAUGCCUUUGCAAUCACAACUUUCAUUCUUAUGUGACAUGUAUCUGUCCAUAGUAUCAGAGAUGUCCAUUUUUACAACAGUUAUAGUACUAAACUAGAGAUUUUUGUAAAAUGUAUUGUGUCCUGUGAGCUGUGUAUCAGUGUUUAUUAUGUGUUAUUUACAUUUGUCUGGUUUAGCAAAACUGAAAGGUUGACUUUUAUGGGAACAAUGGAACACAGCAGUGGAUAUAUGCCAAUGAGACCACUUUUUAAAAACACUGUCUAUGACAUUUUAGAGACCUUAAUAUUUCUUCAAAUAUCUCCAUCUUAAUUUGACACUGAAAUAACAGUAAAAGUUUAUUUUUCUGAUAAAACAACAAGAAGAACUUGAAGAUUAUCAAAGUAUUGAGCAGAAUUUAUUGACACAAAUUUGUUAAGCCCUGUAUUUUCAUAGAAGGACAUUUAUCAUCUUCUGCACCAUAGCUGUUCUAUUGGUAAAUGGAUUGUAAUCAGAAUGGAAAUGAGAAAGCAUAUUGACUUUUUUAGGCUGACAUCUCUGACUUUCUUUAGUUGUUAGCUAUUACUGGACCUCUUAAAACAGCAUGUGUCGAUCUUAAUGUAUAUUGUUAUCACUGUGCAGUUGCUGUUUUACUUGAAGAGUAUUGCAUUCUUAUAUUCCGGGUUUAAGUAGAUUUCAUGCCUGGUGGCCAAACAGUAGUUCUCCGUUUUUUUAAUUGAAAAAAAAAAGUAUUGUCUGGAUCAGUAAAAUUAUAUUGUGUGAGUGUGAAUAUAAAUGUGUAUAUGUGUGUUUUCUAUCUUGUAACUGUUGCUGCAAUGUCAUAAAGUGAGAAAACUGUGACCAAGUAUAAACUGUACCACUUGCUGCACACUUGCACAUGAAUGCAGUUUCUAAAAUUGAGUUCUUCCAGAAAUCUUGUUGAUAAAAAUUCUGAUCAUAAAACAUGCAGAAGAAGCUGUCCCCUUUAGGAGAUUGGGUCAAAUAUUAAUAAAUUAGCCUUUAGGUAUUACAUAAGACCAGUGUUUAGUAAGGAAUAAUCAAUGGCAGACACUCAAAUAAACAUUUGUAUUUACAGUGUUGUGAGAAAAUAAAGAGUGUUUUGGUUUCUGAGCACCUAGUGUCUAUCAAGUUUAUGGAGAUGUAAAUCAUUAAAAGGAAAGUAGUUUCAAAACCCCCAAACUGUAGUACUUUUCAAUUGCCUGUCUAGGUAGCAUGAUCCCAGUUUUAGUAUUAUACACACCAUGCUGAAACAGGACCACCACAUCUAUGUCAUGUGGCUAAGGAGGCUGAAUCAAGAAGUAGGUGAUACAGGCAACCAAGAGCCAGCACACUUGGGAUGUGUGAGCCGUACUUGUUCGCAUGCCCUUCAUAAGGAUGAAGAUGGCUUUCCUUCUUUGAAUACCACAGUCUCUCUUUCCUUAAUGGUGCCAUAAGUGCUCUGAAUUAGGUCCCUUUUCAGUAGGAAAAGAAGUACUUAAGAAGCCACUUGAUCCUGUCAAAUUUCACUUACAAUCUUUCUUCCUUAUACAGGUAAAGAGUGGGUCCUACAGGGUCCUGAGGCCUGCAUAUCAUGAAAACUGCAAAGCUAGCAUCUAUCUUGUCAUUUUUUUGCUCUAGUCAUCCCAAGCAGCCUGAUGGGGCAAUUGAUGGUCUAAGAUGGAAUGUUGUCUAUGGACCAUGCUGGGAUACAGCUAGAAUCUGCCUGCUGGUUCUCUCACUUUGCUCUUCUGUAAUAUGUAAAUGAAGGCUCAGAGUGCUGGGGGGUUAAAAAAAAAAUCUUUAGAAAGAGAUAAGGUUACUGACAAACAAAACUUGCCAGGUUCUAGUUUCCAUUUAAGAAUUACCAGUCUUUUAUUCUGCAUCAUCCUGAAUAUUAAUCCACAUGUCUUUGAGUUCACCAGGCAGUACCAAAUCUCAUCACACAACUGUGAAGACCUAGUGGAGAUGAAAUUCUUAGAGGUAUAAAACAAAUCCCAGGAUACACUUUUGAAACUGUAUUUGUGUGACUGUCAUGUAGGUUUAAUAGUGUAUUAUGCUUUUAAGACCUAAAUCCUAUAUAAAAAUUAAGGGACAAUGGGGCUGAUAGCACUAAACUUGGUGCUUACUGAUAUUUUAAGAAACACCUGUAAAAUAUCAUCAUCUAUGUGUUAUACUACCUUCAUUUAAAAACAUUUAAAAUUAGUUGGAUUCAUUUUGACGCUUCCCAUAUCAUCUCCUAAUCCUAGUGACUAAAAUGUUCUCCCUAAUGAAUAUACUCAUUAGACUUACCAUUCAUUAGCAUCGUUCGUUAACUAGUCCCUUAACUAGAUCCAUUAGUUUAAAUAUGAUUUAAAUUUUAGUAUUUAUAGGCUCUGGCAACAGAGUGGUCUACUUUUUCUCUGAGGAUAACAUUUGUCCUGACCAUGCAUUCUGCCAUCAUUCAUCUUCAGGAAGGGCCAAAUUCCCAACCCACUCAGUUUCUUCCGAGUAGUGAUUCAGACCUAGACUAACAGCUUCAUUUAGACAAGUAAGGCUGCUUCCAAGAACCAUUUAUUUUUCAUUACAUA